AUGACCUCCAACAGCACAGACUCUUCUGGUCUCUUCUUAAUUUCCAACACCUUGCCAGAAGCAGGAGCAGCAGUAGGAUUAUCACCCCCAUCCAAUUCUCUUCAUCAUUCCCUUUUAAACUCUACCCAAUCACAAGAUGGAAAUGGGACUUUGGCACCGGAUCCCUUGGGCGGGCACACUGUGUGGCAGGUGGUCCUUAUUGUCCUGCUGACUGGAACACUCUCGCUGGUCACUAUCAUCGGCAACAUCCUGGUGGUGGUGUCUUUCAAGGUCAAUCGUCAGCUAAAGACGGUGAACAACUAUUUCCUGCUAAGCUUGGCGGUGGCUGAUCUCAUCAUAGGGGUCAUCUCUAUGAACCUCUACACAGCCUAUCUUGUGAUGGAUUACUGGGCAUUGGGGAACUGGGCCUGCGACCUUUGGCUAGCUAUUGACUAUGUAGCCAGUAAUGCUUCAGUUAUGAACCUACUCGUUAUCAGCUUUGACCGCUACUUUUCAGUAACAAGGCCUCUGACUUAUCGGGCCAAACGGACAACAAAGCGAGCAGGGAUCAUGAUUGGCCUGGCUUGGUUUGUCUCUCUGGUACUUUGGGCCCCAGCAAUCCUUCUGUGGCAGUACUUUGAGGGUCAAAGGACAGUACCCCCGGAUAAGUGCUAUAUUCAGUUCCUCCAACAGCCCAUCAUAACCUUUUGCACAGCCAUGGCAGCUUUCUACCUGCCUGUAACCAUCAUGAGUGUGCUCUAUUGGCGGAUUUACAAGGAGACUGAGAACCGUUCCAAAGAGUUGGCUGGACUGCAGGGUUCAGGGGCUCGUACUGGUGGUGCGAUGGCCGCAAGAAACAGCAACGGCGGUGGUGAUAGAGCACGUUUUAUGCGUCAAACAGGGAGUUCAAGGAGUUGCAACAGCUACGAGCUGACUAGAUUGUCCCAAAGAAAGAGCACUUGUCGGGGGCUGGUCAGCCGCCUUCAUUGCUGGCCGGGGGUUCGAUCCUGGAGGCCUGGCAGUAUCCGACAAGGAGAAAGGGAUCCAGACCAAAGUAGUAGUGACAGCUGGAACAACAACGAUAACACAGUAUCACUUGACCAGUCGGGCUCAUCAGAUGACGAAGAGUGCGGGGUAAGAGACAGACACACUAUUUUCUCUAUUGUUCUCAGCCUACCUGGUAUAAAGGCGGCUGUCAACUCCCAGCUCACUUCCUGUGAGGACUUAGAUGAAGCCUCAGAACACGACCCACUGAGGGCAUCUGAAUAUAACAGAGACAGCCUUACAACAGUAGCUACUGACACCAGUGCGGCCGCCAGUCCCGAUGGCACAAAUAACACGGAAAACAGCUAUCACCAGCGCUUCUGUUCACGCAAGAUACAGUCAAUGCCGACUAUCAAGGAUACCUUGAACUCUGGAUCCACUGGUCCUCUGGAUGAUACGACUGCUGCAAUACCUGACUCUACCACCACUAGCGCAGCUACCAAAUUCCCUUCCGUCCCAAUGUCCUUCAAAGAAGCAGCUCUCGCCAAGCGUUUUGCAACCCGAGCCCGGACUCAGAUCUCCAAGAGAAAACGCAUGUCCUUAGUGAAAGAAAAGAAGGCCGCUCAAACUCUCAGCGCAAUUCUCUUUGCUUUCAUUAUCACGUGGACGCCGUAUAACAUUAUGGUCCUGAUCAAUGCCUUCUCCAAAGCCUCCAUACCAGACACCCUGUGGGCCGUGGGCUACUGGCUCUGUUACGUCAACAGCACCGUCAACCCGAUGUGCUACGCCCUGUGCAACAAGACUUUCCGUACAACAUUUAAGAUGAUACUGCUGUGCCGCUGGGACCAGAAAAAGCGGAGGAAGCUACAAUUCCAGCAAAGACAGUCAGUGGUCUUCCACAGGAGGAUUCCCAGAGAGUCAACGUAA